AUGAAGAAGACAGAGAACGAGAACGAGGAAGACUUUUUGGAAGAGAAAAGAAGAAACCCGCAGGACAAAUCGCACUUAGCGUAUCACGACGAACGAUUUCGAUGCAGAAAAUGCGCGCGAAACGCGUCGUGUUUUGCGGUGCACAAAGCGACGCAGAGGAUGAUUACGAUCGGGAAGAAGACGAGUUUAACGACGAGAACGAGGAAUAAGAACAACAACAACAGCGACAAAGGGCGGUUGAGAGGACAACGGGCGAAGAGGAGGGAUUUUGAAGAAGCUGGUUUUGGUGGUGCUUCGUCGUCGUCGUCGUCUUGGUCUCGCGAGGACGAAGAAGAAGAAGAAGAAGAAAAAGAAGGUUUAACGACGACAGAAAAGACAACUGCAAGAACGAAAUUAGAAGAAUACGCGUACGACGACCCGCGGUAUGAAUUGAAGAAACUGAAAGAUUCCGGCCAUCGACCGACGAUGAAGACGUACACGUCUUUGAUCUGCGCGCUCGGGAAACAGAAUAAAGCGAAGGAGGCGGAAGAGAUUUUCAAUCAGGAAGCCAGAGUGGAGUUUGAUUGCGACGCGGCUAUAUUUAACGCAAUCACGCACGGGUACUGCGAAAAUGAUCAACCGGACGAGGCGAUGCAGUUCGUGGAUUCGUGGGUGGAGGAGAUUGGUUUGUGCGAUCGACCGGAUAUGGAAGGGAUGAAGGAUAAAAUAGCGAAACCGAAUCGAGCGACGCAUCCGGAGAUUAUCAACGCGUACGCGAGGAACGGGGAAUAUAGAAAGGUUUAUCGAACGUUGCGAAUUAUGGAGGAGAAGCAUUUAGUCGUGCCGUCGGAACGGACUUACAACGCGUUCAUAAAAGGAUGCAUAGAAAACAACGAUCCCGAAGAAGCGGAGACCGUGAUUGAACGAUGGAACAAUGAAAAGUACGAUUUAGAGAAGAUGGCGAGUAAAUUAGUCACGAAACCAGUCGCCGCGUCGUACGGAAUGGUCAUCGAUUACUACUGCAACAACGACGACAUCGGGAAAGGACGAAAACUGCUGGAGAAAAUGCGAUGGGCGAACGUGGCGCCGUCGUUACCAAUUUUCAACAUGCUGUUGAAAGGGUACUUGAAAUCGGGCAAUCCUCGAGCGGCGGAGGUUAUUUUCAGAGAGUUACAAGGCGGAGGGUCGUGGGAUAUGGAGAAAAUGCGCGUAAAACCGGACGUUCAAACGUACACGAUGUUUCUCGAGUAUUGGGCGAAUUCGGGAGACACGGAAAACGCCGAACGAUAUCUCACCGCCAUGCGCAAAGAUAAAAACAAAAUCAAAAUCGAUUCGUUCGUCAUCGCCUCCGUCGCCAAAGCCUACGCGCGCGCGUGCGACCCGGUGAUGGCCGAAGAGCGGUGUAAAUCGUUAAUGGAGGAGUAUAAAAUCAAACCGCACGUGGUGCCUUUAACCACCGUGGUGGCGGCGUAUUGUACCGAUGGCGACACCGGCGAAGCCGAACGCGUCGUUCGCGAAAUGAUGGAAGACUACGACGUCAAUCCAAACGAGCGCACGUUCUCGCACGUCAUCUGGGCCCACGGCCAACGCGAAGACGUCGCGAGUAUACGAAGAGUCGCCUCAUGGAUGAUUGAUUUAGGUUUCCGCAUCGAUCGCGGCGAUACCAAAAACUCCUUGUUUCGCGCUUUACAAGAGUGCGGCUUGGGAAGAAACGCCGUCGAGAAUUUGAUUCAAGACGUGGCGAACCAAGACGUGAUCCGUAAAAGACGCACGGAAAACGGAAACCAACGAUUAUACGACCGAAGUAACGACGAGGAAGUAAACACAGCCGCUCCACAAACGCCGCCGCCGCCGCCGCAGCAGCAACAACUGCAGAGACGUUCCAUCGCCGUCGGCCAACGGGGCCGACGAGGCGGCGUCGACGCCAAUACCAACAACGGAACAACGCGGCGCGCACCGAGAGCGUUCGGCCACGCGCGUCGAUGCCUCGCGGUGGCGUCGUCGUCCGGAGGAGCAGUAGCAUCGUUUUACUUCUGA